AUGGAGCGAGAAAGGGAGCUGCUAAGGAAUGAGAUCAAGAAUAAGGUGGCUGAGGAGAAAGCAAAGAUGGAACUAGAGAAGAAUCAACUGAAAGAGGAGUUAAUGAGAGAGAAGGAGGCACUGAAGGAUGAGCUUAAGGAAAAAGAGGAGGAGCUUAAGAUACAAAAGGAGGAACUAACAAAAGAAAAGGAGAAGCAGAUAGACAAAAAGGAAGAGCUUAUAAAGACACUUACAAAAGAGAAGGAUAAGCUAAUGAAGGAGAAGGAGCCACUUGCAAGAGAGCUUGAGGAGAAGCGUGCAGAAGAGGAGGAGCUAAUGAGAGAGAAUAGGGCACUUAAAAAGGAGUUUGAAGAAGAGAAGGGGAAGCUUGUUAAAGAAGAUGAAGAUAGAAUUAUCAGCUUAGUCCAAUUACUGGAGAAAGAAAUGGAAGAGAGAAGCAAAGGAGAAGAACAUAAGACUGAAUUAGAAGAGAAACAUGCUAUAGAGCUGGAGGGAAUCAAACAACAACUAGACGCAGUAAGAGCUGAGAAGAACAGGCUGAAGAUGAAUUAUCAGCAAAAAUAUGAAGCCCAACUGAAGCAAUAUGAAGAAGAAAUGGAUGAGAAAAUGAAACAGCUUCAUGAGGAGACAGCAGCAGUAAUCAAACAAAAAGAGACUAAAGCUAAAGCACUGCAGGACAGAGAGGAGGAGGCAGUGUUGAAAGAAGUGGAAGAUUUAAGGAAUGAAGUCAAAAUGAGAAAAGAGGAUAUUAAAACACUUGAAGCUCAGGUGGUAGAAGCAGGUAAUGCUUAUAAGAAGUUAGAAGCACAACUUAUAAAACAAGAAGAGGAGAUUGAGGCUUGUGUGAAUGAGAGGCUCAGAGAAGAAGUUGAUAAACAUCUUCGUGAAGCUGUAAAAGCUCAGUUAAGUAGCCAAAAGAUUGACGAGCAGAAGAAAGUAUUUGCAGCUCAUGUGAAAGGGAAGGAAGAAAAAGUUAAGACACAGUAUGAGGUAUUACUAGCUUCUAAAGAGAGACGUAUAAAGGAACUGGGAGCUGAAGUGGAGGAAAUAAUGGAACAAUUGAAAUGGAAAAAAGAAACUGAGCACUAUUUACGAGAAGAAAUAAUUAACCUGCAAUUAAAGGUGAAGCGAUAUGAGGCCCAAAUAAAGGAGCUGGAAGAAGAAAUGAAUGAGAAAAUGAAGCUGGUUCAGGAGGAGACAGCAGCAAAAAUCAAACAACAUAUAGAGGCUACAGCUAAAGCACAGGACAGAGAGGAGGAGUCAGUGUUGAAAGAAGUGGAAGAUUUAAAGAUUGAAGUCAAAAUGAGAAGAGAGGAUAUUGAAACACUUGAAGCUCAGGUGGUAGAAGCAGGUAAUGCUUAUAAGAAAUUAGAAGCACAACUUAUGAUACAAGAAGAGGAGAUUGAGGCUCGUGUGAAUGAGAUUCUCAGAAAAGAAGUUGAUAAACAUCUUCGUGAAGCUGUAAAAGCUCAGUUAACUAGCCAAAAAACUGACGAGCAGAAGAAAGUCUUUGCAGCUCAUCAAAAAGAAAAGGAAGAAAAAGUAAAGAUACAGUAUGAG